AUGAAGUUCUCACUGGGUACUUACUACCUUGUUCUGGAUAUCAUUUUACUGGAGGAAGUGAAAAGGAAAGUGCCUUAUCAUGGUGAGCAAAUCGGUACGGCUGAGUAUGAUGAGACUCAGCAAUGUGGGACUCAUGGACUGCGCUAUGAUUUUAAUGACAAGUAG